GGCACUGCUCCCUAAGAGUCUGUGCAGGCCUCCCCAAGAUGAAGCUACCAGGCCAGAAGGAGUUUGAGGUCUCCAGUGCUUGUGAAAAUGUGCCCACGGGAGAGCUGGACAAUGGCACUGGCUCUGGCCCCAGCCCUGACAGCCCCUCUGACACAGACAGAGGGGAGCUGGGAGUACCCAAGGACCCUCUGCUCUUCAUUCAGCUGAAUGAGCUUCUGGGCUGGCCCCAGGCCCUGGAGUGGAGAGAGACAGGCAGGUGGGUGCUGUUUGAGGAGAAGCUGGAGGUGGGUGCAGGCCGGUGGAGUGUUCCUCACGUGCCCACACUGGCACUGCCCAGCCUUCAGAAGCUCCGCAGCCUACUUGCUGAGGGCCUUGUGCUGCUGGACUGUCCAGCUCAGAGCUUCCUGGAGCUCGUGGAACAGGUGACCAGAGUGGACUCGCUGAGCCCAGAGCUGAGAGGGCAGCUGCAGGCCUUGCUGCUGCAGAGACCCCAGCACCUCAUCCAGCCCACAGGCACCAGGCCCUGCCAGGGGUCUGCCCAUCCAAGAGAGGCUUCUCACAGUGAGGAAGCCCCACUGAAGGAACAGCGUCAGAACCCCCUGAGAAGGAAGCUGCCUCCAGGGGCUGAGGCCGGGGCUGUGCUGGCAGGAGAGUUGGGUUUCCUGGUGCAGCCCCUGGGGGCCUUUGUGCGACUGCGGGAUCCAGUGGUGCUGGGACCCCUCACUGAGGUUCCUCUCCCCAGCAGAUUUUUCUGCCUCCUCCUUGGUCCUUCUACACUGGGAAAGGGCUACCAUGAGAUGGGCCGAGCAAUGGCCAUCCUCCUCAGUGACCCGCAAUUCCAGUGGUCAGUUCGUCGGGCCAGCAACCUUCACGACCUUCUGGCAGCCUUGGAUGCCUUCCUAGAGGAGGUGACAGUGCUCCCUCCAGGUCGGUGGGACCCGACAGCCCGGAUUGCCCCACCUAAAUGUCUGCCUUCCCAGCACAAAAGGUAUGGGGGUGGGGAACUUCCCACUGUGGAGGAAGGUAGGGGAUUCCAGGAAAGGGGUAGAAAGUCAUCUUUGGAUUCCAAGCCUGCUGGCAGAGACAUGAGCAGCCACCAGGGGGCAGGGUGCCCAGUCAUGUUCGGGUUGGAGAUCCUCAGGCAACCUGAGUUCCCAUUCUCCAGGAUCCUCUCACAACUGAAGGAGGUCCAGGGCCCCUCUGCCCGGCAUGGGGCCCUGGCUGAGGACAGGUAUGGCUACCAGCCACAGCUGCACAGCCCAGAGUUACAGCGGACAGGCAGGCUUUUUGGGGGCCUCAUCCAGGAUGUGCGCCGGAAGGCCUCAUGGUACCCCAGCGACUUCUUGGACGCGCUACAUCCCCAGUGCUUCUCAGCUGUGCUCUACAUUUACUUGGCCACUGUCACUAAUGCCAUCACUUUUGGGGGACUGCUGGGGGAAGCCACCAGUGGUGCUCAGGGGGUGCUGGAAAGUUUCCUGGGCACUGCAGUGGCUGGAGCUGCCUUUUGCCUGAUGGCUGGCCAGCCCCUCACCAUCCUCAGCAGCACGGGGCCAGUGCUGGUCUUCGAGCGCCUGCUCUUCUCCUUCAGUAGAGAUUACAACCUGGACUACCUACCUUUCCGCCUGUGGGUGGGCAUCUGGGUGGCCACAUUUUGCCUGGCACUGGUGGCCACAGAGGCCAGCGUGCUGGUACGCUACUUUACCCGCUUCACCGAAGAAGGCUUCUGUGCCCUCAUCAGCCUCAUCUUCAUCUACGAUGCUGUGGGCAAAAUGCUGAGCUUGACCAGUGCCUAUCCCAUCCAGCACCCUGGGUAUCCUGCCUAUGGCUGCUUUUGCCAGUACCCAGACCUGGGAGGAAAUGAGUCUCAGUGGAUGAGGACAGAGCCAAAAGACAGAGAUGACAUCUCAAGUCUGGACCUAGGCUUGGUCAAUGCCUCCUUGCUGCCCCCACCUGAGUGUGCCCGGCGGGGAGGCCGCCCUCAUGGCCCCAGCUGUCAUGCAGUCCCAGACAUCGCCUUCUUCUCCCUCCUCCUCUUUCUUACUUCCUUCCUCUUGGCCAUGGCCCUCAAGCAUGUAAAGACAAGCCGCUUCUUCCCCUCUGGGGUGCGCAAAGUGCUCGGUGACUUCUCCUCAGUCCUGGCCAUGCUGCUGGGCUGUGGCCUUGAUUCCUUCCUGGGUCUGGCCACACCAAAGCUCACGGUGCCCAGUGAGUUCAAGCCCACACUCCCUGGGCGUGGCUGGCUGGUAUCACCUUUUGGAACCAACCCCUGGUGGCUGAGUGUGGCAGCAGCCUUACCUGCCCUGCUGCUGUCUAUCCUCAUCUUCAUGGACCAGCAGAUCACAGCAGUCAUCCUUAACCGUGCUGAAUAUAAGCUGCGGAAGGGUGCUGGCUUCCACCUGGAUCUCUUCUGUGUGGCUGUACUGAUGGUGCUCACGUCAGCGCUGGGACUCCCCUGGUAUGUCUCCGCCACGGUCAUCUCCCUGGCCCACAUGGACAGUCUUCGGAGAGAAAGCAGAGCCUGUGCCCUGGGGGAGCCCCGCAGCUUCCUGGGGAUCAGGGAGCAGAGGCUGACAGGCCUGGUGGUGUUCAUCCUCACAGGAACUUCCAUCUUCCUGGCACCUGUACUCAAGUUCAUCCCAAUGCCUGUGCUCUAUGGCAUCUUCUUGUACAUGGGGGUGGCAGCAAUUAGCAGCAUUCAGUUCACAAAGAGGGUACAGCUAUUAUUUAUGCCAGCAAAACAACAGCCAGACCUCCUGCUCUUGCGGCAUGUACCUCUGAGCAGAGUCCACCUCUUCACAGCCAUCCAGCUUGCCUGCCUGGGUCUGCUUUGGAUAAUCAAGUCUACCCCUGCAGCCAUCAUCUUCCCCCUCAUGUUGCUGGGCCUGGUGGGGGUCCGAAAGGCACUGGAGAGGGUCUUCUCACCGCAGGAACUCCUUUGGCUGGAUGAGCUGAUGCCAGAGAAGGAAAGGAGCAUCCCUGAGAAAGGGCUGGAGCCAGAAUAUUCACUCAGUGGUGACAGUGAAGAUGUGAGCCCCAGAUGGGCCCUCUCAGGAGAAGCGGGCAGGGGCGGGGAGAGCGCUUUUGUCCAGGAGUCAUCCCUAAAGUCUAAUCUUUCUAUUAAACCUGAAGAUCUGAUCAACACAAUCAUUCCCCUUAGGUCCUCACUGACACAGGUACACUGAAAGGGUCAGGGAAAUCUUUCUUUAGAGGGAAGGGGCCCUGGUUUAUGAGUCCGUCUGGGUUGAAAGAUCUGGGGACAGCUCUGGUGGUCUUUUCCAACCAUGAUCUUUGUCUCAGUGUGGGUGUAUAUCCUUUCUCUUUCUGGGUCCCUUUCUCUCUGCUCUGUCUAUUCCCAACUCAUCUUGGGAUCUUUCUUUUGCAGUCAGAGCUGAUGUAUCAGCCGAGGGCUCCAGAAAUUAAUAUCUCUGUGAAUUAGCUGGAGUAGGAGUUUGGCAAUAGACUCCAGGAACCUGAGCAUGAGGUAAGGAUAUGAAGGAAGUGCCCCUGGGGUCGAGGAUGGGAACGUGGGGGUCAGACCUUGGAAACCUCCAGUGUGCUGGAGGUUUCUCUUCACGUUGCAGUUCCUCUUAAACUCCAAAGUAGUGGAGGGAAGAAUGAAAUAAAGGAGGGUACCUGGGCUUGGCUACCUGUGGCACUGAAGUCUGGCCACUAGAGGGAGCUCAAGCUCACGCCAAAUUGGAUGUAGAGCUGCAGGGCUGGGGAGGAAGGGGUAUAAUGAUCUAAGUAUGGUAGGGAGUGGGGAGGAAACCAAGUGAGGGUACAGCUCCCUGCUGCUUUCCUUUGCCCAGGAGGCCACUCCCUUAGGCUUCUGAGAACCACAUUCCAGACAAGUGGAGGGAUUCUUUGCCAUUCCUUCCAUUUUUUUAAAUCCAUUUAUCAAAACAGUUUAUGAGUACUAUACUUAAGGAGUAUCUAGAUACCAGAGAUAUAGCGUUGAGUAGGAUAAUCAUGGUCCCUGACCUCAUCAGUUUAAAAUCCACCAGGAAGGACCAGCAGGGAGUUGCUGGAGUGGGAUGGUGUUGGCUAAGGCAAGCACCAGCUGUGGGAGCAGAGAGGCCUCUAAACCCUUCUUGGAGGUGGUAAGGGUGGGGUGGUGGGAGUUGGAGAAGAGGAAAUGGUCCAUAACUUGAAAUUUGAAGAAAAAUGAAGAAUGACCAGAAUAAGGUGGAGGGAAAUGUUCUAGGCAGAGGGUGCAGCAUGUGCAAAAACCUGCCGUUUUUUUCUCCUUGAUAAGCUGAAUUCUCUUCUGGGCCACAGAAACCCUUCCAUCCAUGCCUUUCCAAGCUCAAGGGCCCAAGAAGCCCCAUCACUUGCAAUGGAAAAUUCUAGAGGGCAAUUCAGCAGCUAUCCCAGAACAAGAUAUGCUGGGCUUUCCAUAUCCCCUAUAGCUCCUUUGCACUAUUCUUUGAUCUACUGUGCCCCUGAGUACUUACUCUGACCCCACUGUCUUCUCUCAGUUCACAGGUGUUACUUGGAAGUCUGGAUAUUGUUGGCUUUUGGCUUAACUGCCAGAUAUUCAGUUGACUGGAACCAGUGGGGCAGGACUGGAGGGCAGCUGGCCAAGAUUUCCAUUACCCUCCUGAGCAGGGGUAGAGAGUGGCAGGGAUGGGGCACCUGGGUGGCUCAGUAAGUUAAGCAGCUAGCUACCUUUGGCUCAGGUCAUGAUCCCAGGG